AUGGAGGUCCUGCUGGCUGCAUCAGGUAUCCAGAAUGGAUCCACCAACGGCAACUUGGGCUCACUUCCUGAGCUUCCGCAUGUUACAAAUAAUAUCAUUCCGCUCUCGAAUGUGUUGAGAUUCUACACCCAGGAAGCUUAUAAGCAGUUGAGCCGAUUGAUCGAGAACUUAGCCAACACAAAGACAUCCGAAAGCGAUAUUGCCAGGAAGAAGAAGUUCUUGGAGGUUAUUGUAUCCCUCAGAAAGGACUUCUUGAAGAUAUAUACCCUAGUGAAAUGGGCGCAAAAUUCAAGAGAUGUUUCCAAGCUUAUCGAUCUAUUGAACUUCUUCAGGACCCAGGAGUUUUACUUCGAAAAUUUGGGUCACGGCCUCAAUGAGCUCAAUAACUUUAGUGGAGCCAAACUACCCGAUUCCGAUAUAUUUACAGCUUUGGAGCUUCUAGUAAAGGGUCGGCCCCAACUCCCGUCAUACAAUUUCAUUCUGAAGCCGCCAGUCUCGCCCGAGAAAGUUCUAGAGGUCUUGAAAGAUCUCAAUUUGACUUUAACCGCUCGAAUGGCCUUAAUCAAAGAAAUGCCACUGCGUUUCAACAAUAAUUAUGAGAUAAAGGAUGGCAGAGUCAUCAUCACGAUCCCCAACGAAUUUCAAGUAUCCAUCACAGUCGGUAACGACGAAAUCAUUGAAAACAACGAGGAUUACCCAAAAUCGCCAUUCUUUUUUAUCGACUUUGCAUUUUUAUUCGGUAUCAACCCAGAUACCGGCCUCAUCACACACAAGGAUAGCCGGAUAAUAACAAGGCUCCCAGAAGCCUCUCGUUCGAAGCUUGAAACAGCAAUGAAUCAGGUGUUGCUUACGCAAUCACUCACCGGCCUAUAUGACUCGCUUCACAAAUACUCGAUUUCGUUCAAGCUAUAUCUCAUAUCAAGACAAUUGAGAGACCUUUCUGUCAACAGCAAAUGGAAGAACAAUAUCCAGUUCAAGUACUCGUCGUCCCUUAUAAUUAUAAAUUAUUGGUCUAAGAACUACUUUUCAAAAGAGUGGAAGUCAUUCAUUGAAAUUGGUAUUGACCAUCUGUACAACCUCAAUUUCCGUUGGUUCAAGAACGGGAAGUAUAAUUUGAACCACAACAUCGAGAGCAUUACCGGAAAUUAUGAAGAUGAGGCGCAGGAUCUAAGUGUUGAUUGGAUUCUAAGUCUCAUUAUCAAUAAGCAUUCUGAGAUCCUCAUGCACAAAAUCUUUGAGCAGUUGCUGGAGCAAUUACCUCCUGAGGCAUGCUCAUCUAUCAAUCCUUAUCAGCUCCUCAUCCAACUUACCCCCAAGAAGUCCACUAUCCUUGCCAUCAAUCCACUCACUGGCUUCUUCUAUUUCAUGGACCCUUCCCCUAUUCAAGCUCAGAUUCAGAAUAAGAUCAACAGCCCGCCAUAUACGUCGAAGAGUACCCUUUUCAUCAGUGAACGCGAAAUAAUCGCCAAUGUGGUAAAAUACUUGAUACAGCUCAGAUUGGAGAGUCUCAGUGAGACCCUAAAUAACCAGUUGAUCACUACUGAAUGGAUCGCCAAUGAUAUCAUCAAAUUCAAUGAUGCUGAAGUGAGCAAGUUAUAUGAAUCCUUGCAAGCUGAAGACACAAACGUUAUCGAGCAAGCCAACUCACCGAGAAAGGUUCAAUUUUAUAGAUGUCGCAAUUGGCCAACCUUCUCAUUUUUAAUAAGCUUGAUAAGUGGUGUGACGCUAAAGACAUACUGGUGGGUGUCUAGGCUUAAGUCCAUCAAAGGUGAGUGGAGAAUCCAGUGGAUGCAGGUGUUGAAGCCCGCUCAAGAAGAUGAGCUAACCUAUUCAUUCUUCAAGAAUCUUUCGAAAUCUGGCUCCAAUUUGAUUGUUGAUCAUAUCAUCGUUGAAGAGUUGCAGAGUCGAAAGGUGAAGUACUUGAACUUUAGUGAUGAAUCGGCCCUCAGCCACUUCAAUCUCCCGUUCACUUUAGAAAGCUCACCUUCAAGAUACGAGUCGGUGUUUGUAUUAUUCAAUCAUGGCAAUUUACUCCCCGUUGCCGUUUCGUCAACAUCGUUGUUUCUUCGUGUGAGAUUAUCAUCCGACGAUGUAUCAACGAAGAUGGGUUUGUCAAUUUGGGGGUCACUCAAGAAUAUUUCACAAUCGGAUAUUGGUGUCUUGGAAAAGCUCAAUGUCAACAUUCUCAGCGAUAAGGAAAAGUUCGAAAUUCUGGCCCUGAUUGAUUUCUCAAGGAAACUGAUUGAAAGCAGUGAGACAGAUGGUACACACAAUCUUCUCAAUCAGUUGUUUGGCCAUUUGGAGAAGGUUGACCUGUUGGUGAGGAUGUUGUAUCAACUCAAGAAAACAGACAUUUAUGUCACGACUACAACUGUUGACCAGCUUGCGUUUACGAUUGACCCAGUUUACGAAGAGUUCCAUUUGAAGCUUCCAGCGAACGAUCAAAUGCAACUACAAUUGACCACAGGGGAUCAUGAGGAAGAUUCAGUGAAGGUUUUGACUAAAUUCCUCAACAAACAAAUUGCUGAGUCUCAUGACGCACUCGUGGGAUCCAUUCGUUACCUCAAGGAGUUUGCACCUGUAAUCAGCUCCAUGAAAAAAGUACGCAAUUACUUGCUCGAGAAGAAAACACCAAAACUUGCAAACAAACUUUCCAAGCUUCAGUUGGAGAUCAAGUUUCAACAUCUCAACUCCUUUCAGUUCAUUUUCUAUCACAAUAGCAUCAACCCCAGCACACCCAAAAAGACCCAGAAGGAUCGCAUCUCAUUUGCAAUGAGUUAUGCUCGGAACAAGUUUGACGCAGAGGGAAGACUAUUCUUGAAAUUCUCCAUGAAAGAGAAUCUCAACUCUCAAAACCUCAAGUACAAGCCUUUAUUUGAGAUGAUAUUCAAGGCUGUUGGUGAGUUACAGCAAGAAUUGCAGAAGGGCUCCGAGAAAGGUCGCUUGAUGAAGCUUAAUUACGACUUCCUUCUCGACCAACGGAUAUUGGAAACUCUUCUAUUGAAGAUUACGGACUGUUUCUUGAAUUACAUCCUGAAUGAGUCUUGA